AUGGCUAUCAAGCAAGAGAUCGAGGUGCCAGCAUUCGGCAAGACUAGCGUCCCGACUGGUCUUUUCAUAAACAACCAAUGGGUCGAAUCAUCCGACUCCAAUUCGUUCUCCACAAUCAACCCUGCGACUGGACAGCAAUUCUUGAACUUUGCCCAUGCAACGAAAGUUGACGUUGACACCGCAGUGACAGCAGCUAGGAAAGCUUUCAAGACCACUUGGGGGAUGAACGUUGCUUCUACCGAACGAGCUGCCCUCCUCUUCAAACUGGCGGAUCUGAUGGAAAAGGACGCAGAGAAGAUUGCAGCUCUGGAGUCUCUCAAUUCAGGAAAAGGGAUUAGGAUUGCUCGCGAUGCAGAUGUCGCAGAUUCUGUUGCCUGUCUCAGGUACUAUGCUGGGCUGGCAGACAAACUCCACGGUCAAACAAUCAACCAUUUUGGAAAAGAAAAGUUUGUCUACACACUCCAUCAACCAAUUGGUGUCUGUGGUCAAAUUAUCCCAUGGAACUACCCACUCUUGAUGUGGGCGUGGAAAGUUGCACCAGCCGUAGCCGCAGGAUGUUGUGUCAUCAUCAAACCGUCAGAACUCACCCCUCUUACCGCUCUCUACCUGUGUGAUUUGGUUGUAGAAGCUGGGUUCCCAGCGGGAGUCAUCAAUGUCCUUCCGGGUCUUGGAGCGACUACAGGAGAUGCUAUCUCAAGACAUAUGGAUAUUGACAAGGUCGCUUUCACAGGAUCAGUACCCACCGGCCGAAAAAUUGCCAUCGCUGCUGCGGAAUCGAACUUGAAAAAGGUCACGUUAGAAUUAGGUGGUAAAUCACCAAUGCUAGUCUUUGAUUCUGCGGAUAUCGAAGAGGCUGCUGCGUGGGUAGCCAUGGGUAUCUGGUUCAACUCCGGACAGGACUGUUGUGCUAGUAGUCGAGUAUACGUACAAGAAGCGAUAUACGAGAAAUUCUUGACGGCUCUCAAGGCUAAAGCGGAGGCUUGUGCUAUCGGGAAUCCCGCCGACGAGGCCACUUCAUUCGGUCCUCUGAUCUCCGAAGGUCAGCGUGAUAAAGUCUUAGCCUACAUCGAGUCUGGACGCCAAGCGGGUGCUCGAGUUGUAACGGGAGGACAGAAAUGGCCUCAAUCCGGCGGAGGGUACUGGGUUGAACCGACUAUCCUUGCCGAUGUCAACGCUGAUAUGAAAGCCGUCAAAGAAGAGAUAUUUGGUCCAGUUAUCGUCGCUGCGAGCUUCAAGACCGAAGAAGAGGCACUUGAACUUGCAAACAACACAGAAUAUGGACUGGCUGCUGCUGUUUUCACCAAUGACGCUAGGCAAGCUACAAGAGUCACUGCCGCUCUUGACGCUGGGACUGUCUGGUGUAAUCAGUAUGCACUGUUGCACGCUGGGGUACCAUUUGGCGGGUUCAAACAGAGUGGGAUUGGGAGAGAAUUGGGAACGUAUGGUCUCGACGCCUACACUCAGGUUAAAGCUGUGCAUCAGAAUCUAAGUCAAACGAUGUGA